CAUCAUGCCCUCCAAUUCACUUUGGGGAAGUGACACAACACAAACCACACCCAAAACACACACACACACACUUGCUCAAACACCAACCCACAAAAAGUAACUCCUUAACUUCUCUCUCCCUUCACUUCCCCACAACAGAGGCACGCAUCACCCCCAACUCGUUAUCAUUACCAAGAUCUCAACUAGAAUCCCACCACUUCUCCCUUUUGCUAAUGCCCCUCCCUUCCACGGCGCCAGAGCCAGCAUAUUGCGACACCACCGCGGCAGAGGUGGCGGCCACGGCGGCAACACAAGUUCAGAUGGACAUGUCUCGGCCGCCUUGCAACGGCAACGAAGCGGUCCUCGCUUACCCAGUUCAAGCCGGUCCUCAGUCCCUUGUACAAGUCACCUUGUAUUCCAUAACUUUAAAGUUUGAGGAGGUGGUUUACAAGGUGAAAUUGGACCAAAAGCAAUCCUGCUGGGGUGGCACAUGGAGCAGCGGCCCCAGAGAGAAGACCAUCCUCAAUGGUGUGAGCGGUGUGGUCUGCCCCGGGGAGAUACUCGCGAUGCUGGGGCCCUCCGGCAGUGGCAAGACCACCCUCCUUACGGCCCUUGGUGGCCGCCUUGGCGGCAAGCUGUCUGGCAAGAUCACGUACAACGGCCAGCCUUUCUCCGGGGCUGUGAAACGGAGGACGGGGUUUGUGGCACAGGACGACGUCCUCUACCCUCACCUCACCGUGACCGAGACACUCCUGUUCACCGCCCUCCUACGGCUCCCAAAUACCCUGGCGCUGGCCGAGAAGCUCCGCCACGUUGAGAGCGUCAUCACUGAGCUUGGACUGACCCGGUGCCGGCACAGCAUGAUAGGCGGGCCGCUGUUCCGGGGGAUAUCCGGCGGCGAGAAGAAGAGGGUGAGCAUAGGCCAAGAGAUGCUGAUCAAUCCCAGUCUGCUGCUGCUGGACGAACCGACAUCGGGGUUGGACUCGACCACGGCACAGAGGAUCCUGACCACUGUGAAGCGGCUGGCUGGCGGCGGCAGGACGGUGGUCACCACCAUCCACCAGCCAUCGAGCCGACUCUACCACAUGUUCGACAAGGUAGUGCUGCUCUCUGAAGGAAGUCCCAUUUACUAUGGAUCAGCAUCUGCAGCGUUGGACUACUUCUCAUCCAUUGGGUUCACCACAUCCAUGACUGUGAAUCCAGCUGAUCUUUUGCUUGAUCUUGCCAACGGAAUUGCUCCCGACUCCAAGCACGCGACUGAGCACGGCGACAACAUGGAGAAAGAGAAGAAAUCGGUGAGGGAAUCUCUCAUUUCUGCUUAUGACAAGAAUAUAUCCGCGAGGUUAAAGUCAGAGCUGUGUUCUGUGGAUGUCAUUAAUUACAACAAUUUCACAAAAGGACAUGAGAAGAAGACAGAGCAAUGGUGCAACAGCUGGUGGCAUCAGUUCAAAGUGCUGCUUCAGAGGGGGCUGAGAGAGAGGAGAUUUGAAUCCUUCAACAGGCUGAGAAUCUUCCAAGUGAUAAGCGUUGCGGUGCUCGGUGGACUUCUCUGGUGGCAUACCCCGGCAUCUCAUAUCGCGGACCGCAUUGCCUUGCUCUUCUUCUUCUCUGUGUUCUGGGGCUUCUAUCCACUCUACAAUGCAGUCUUCACAUUCCCUCAAGAAAGAAGAAUGCUCAUGAAAGAAAGGUCGUCAGGAAUGUACCGGCUCUCGUCCUACUUCCUUGCCCGGACAGUUGGCGACCUGCCUCUUGAGCUCGCCCUCCCAACCGCAUUCGUCUUCAUCAUCUACUGGAUGGGCGGGCUCAAGCCUGACCCAGCCACUUUUAUCCUCUCCUUGCUCAUCGUCCUCUACAGCGUCCUGGUGUCGCAGUCCCUCGGAUUGGCCUUCGGCGCAAUCCUCAUGGAUGUAAAGCAGGCCACAACGUUGGCCUCGGUCACGACUCUCGUGUUCUUGAUCGCUGGCGGAUACUACAUUCAGCAGAUACCCCCAUUCAUAGAGUGGCUCAAGUACUUGAGCUACAGCUACUACUGUUACAAGCUCCUUCUGGGGGUUCAGUACAGCAAUGACGAUGUCUACGAGUGCACGAAAGGGGAGCUUUGCCGGGUCGGAGAUUUUCCAGCAGUCAAAGCCGUGGGGCUCAACAAUUUGUGGUUGGACGUGUUCAUCAUGGCGUCCAUGUUGAUCGGUUACCGACUCAUCGCUUAUGCUGCGCUGCAUAGGGUCUUGAGGUAACACAUACCGCCGGAGGCUCGCUUUGCUUUGCUCAAGAAACGGCCUUUGAAGAGUUUCCCGACCUUCUUAAUCCGAGGAAUAAUGUUUUCGAUGAAAUUAUCGAUUGCGCAUGCAAAUUUUGACGAGGUUCCUUCUCAUGAAUUUGAUGUAUCACCCCUUCUUUUGGUGGUAGGUUAGACGAUACAUGGAAAAUUCUGAUCGUCGAAUCAUCUUAAUAAUAAUAUUCUGUAUAAUUUGAAUAUGC